AUGGGGAAGACCAAAAACACAUCCCUGGACACUGUAGUGACAGAUUUCGUUUUCCUGGGCUUAUCUCACCCCCCAAGUCUGAGGACACUUCUCUUCCUGGUCUUCUUCAUCAUCUACAUCCUGACUCAGCUGGGGAACCUGAUCAUUUUGCUCAGGGCUGACCCAAAGCUCCACGCUUGCCCCAUGUACAUGCUUCUGGGUGUGCUCUCAUUCCUGCACAUGUGGCUCUCCUCAGUUAUCGUUCCCCAGCUAAUAUUGGACUUUACUCCCGCCAGCAAGAGAAUCCCAUUUGGUGGUUGUGUGGCUCAACUGUAUUUCUUUCAUUUCCUGGGCAGCACUCAGUGCUUCCUCUACACCUUGAUGACCUACGACAGGUACCUGGCAAUAUGCCAACCCCUGCGCUACCCCGUAAUCAUGAAUGGGAGAUUAUGCACCACCCUUGUGGCUGGAGCAUGGGUGGCCGGCUCCAUUCAUGCGUCCAUCCAGGCCACCCUCACCUUCCACCUGCCCUACUGUGGGCCCAACCAGGUGGAUUACUUUAUCUGUGACAUCCCUGCAGUAUUUUGACUGGCCUGUGCUGACACAACUGUCAAUGAGCUUGUGACCUUUGUAGACAUUGAGGUAGUGGCUGCCAGUUGCUUCGUGUUAAUUCUUCUCUCCUAUGCCAAUGUAGUCCAUGCCAUCCUGCAGAUACGCACUGCUGAUGGGCGGUGCCGAGCCUUCUCCACCUGUGGCUCCCACCUAACUGUGGUCACAAUCUACUAUGUCCCCUGUAUUUUCAUUUACCUUCGGGCUGGCUCCAAGAGUCCCCUGGAUGGGGCAAUGGCUGUGUUUUACACUAUUGUCACUCCAUUACUGAACCCCCUCAUCUAUACACUGAGGAACCAGGAAGUGAAGUCUGCUCUGAAGAGAACAGCGGGAGGUAGAGGGGCUGGGAGUGAAAAUAAGUACCUAUAG